GCCUGCACAUCGUCCCUCGGCUCGGUCUCCCCAAACUUCCGCUCCUCCUUGAUCUAUCCCUAUGGGCAAGUCCGGCGCCAAAAAGAAGAAGCCGGCCGCCGCCGCCGCCGCGAAGCCGGCGCCCGCAUCGGCCGAGCCAAAGGCGACGGCGCCUCCGACCACGCCCCCCGCGGUGAACGGCGCGGGGCCACAUCAGGUGGUGGACGCCGGCGUCCUCCUGCGGCGCGCGCACGUGCUCAAGGAGGAGGGCAACCGCCUGUUCCAGUCGCGCGACUACGCUGGGGCGCUGCGACAGUACGAGCUCGCGCUCCGCCUCGCCCCGCGCGGCCACCCCGACCGCGCCGUCUUCCAUAGCAACCGCGCCGCCUGUCUCCUCCAGCUCCGCCCCGUCGACCACGAGGCUGUCGCCCAGGAGUGCUCCCUUGCGCUCCAGGCCGAGCCGCGCUUCCCGCGCGCGCUCCUCCGCCGCGCCCGCGCGCUCGAGGCGCUCGGCCGAUACGAGCUCGCCCUCGCCGACGCGCUCGCGCUCCUCGCGCUCGACCCCGACCACCGCGACGCCAUCGACCUCUCGCACCGACUCCGCGCCCGGGUCAACGCGUCGACAGCCGCCUCCGCUUCGUCCGCGCCCGAGCCCACCAGCCGCCCCUCCCCUGCUGCCCUUGGUGCCUCUGCCGUUGUCGCCGGACUUGGCCCUUCCCUCCCCGCCCGCCCAUUCCCCAAGAAACAAUCAGCCCUGGCCCCACUCACUCCUUCGCAGUCAAAUCCCAAUUUGACCUCGAAAUCUAACCAAGCAUCAUCGCCUAAGCUGGUACCGUUCUCUAAUUCUCCACCAUCAUCAGCCAAGGCUUCAGCUGCUAAUAGCUCCCAGAAGGCCACACUGACACCACCAGUGAACUCUUCGCUACUGGCAACAGCGGCACCCCUUAUAGACAGAAAGGUUGUGACGAGAUGGAGGCCUCUCAAGCUGGUGUAUGGCCACGACAUUAGGCUCGGGCAGAUCCCAGAGAAAUGCAGCGCUGUGAUGCUCCGGGAAUUCGUGGCGAAGAGGUUCCCGUCAUCUAAGGCAGUGUUGAUUAAGUAUAAGGAUGCUGAAGGUGAUCUAGUUACCAUCACAUCGACGGAGGAGCUCCGGUUAGCUGAAUCGUUUGUUGAUAAAGUUGGUCACAUGGUUAUAGAAAAUGGGAAGGAGGAUGGGAACAAUAAGCUCCCAAUGCUGAGGCUGCACCUUGUUGAAGUGAGCCCAGAGCAGGAGCCGCCUUUGUCAUCAGAAGAGGAGAAGUUGGAGGAGGAUGAGGAGCUGUUGAUCAAGGGUGAAGAUAGUACUUCACACACUCCUUUAGAGGUAGCCGACACUGAGGACACAGAGCAAAACGUGGAGAACAGAGUUGCUGAACAGAGGAUGGAGACUGUCAAGGACUGUGGCCAUGCUGAGUGCAAGGAAGCUGAGAUUGAUGAUUGGUUGCUUCAGUUUGCAGAGUUGUUCCGGAACCAGGUUGGGAUUGAUGCAGAUGCACAUCUGGACUUGCAUGAGCUGGGAAUGGAGCUGUGUUCAGAGGCUCUUGAGGAAACGGUGACAAGUGAGGAGGCUCAGGUCCUUUUUGAGAUGGCUGCUUCUAAAUUUCAGGAGGUUGCAGCCUUGGCCUUAUUCAAUUGGGGAAAUGUGCACAUGUGUGCAGCAAGGAAGCGCAUCCCUCUUGACGAAUCUUCUCCAAAGGAAGUCAUGGCUGCUCAGCUCCACAUAGCUUAUGAUUGGGUGAGAGAGAGGUAUGCUCUUGCAGGGCAUAAGUAUGAGGAGGCCCUAAAAAUCAAGCCAGACUUCUAUGAAGGGCUUCUUGCUUUAGGCCAGCAACACUUUGAGACUGCAAAGCUUCAUUGGUCAUUUGCUUUGACAGAUAAGGUAGACCUAUCUACCUGGGAUUCUUCAGAGACAUUCAAGCUUUUUGAUAGUGCUGAGCAGAAUAUGAGGGCUGCAACAGAGAUGUGGGAAAAGGUGGAAGAACAGAGAAUGACAGAGUUAAGAGAGCCAGGUGCAGGCGAAAAGGAUGAGGUAUUGAGGAAAAAGAGGAAACAACACGGUGCAGAUGGUCAACCGGAGUUGACACCAGAAGAGGCUGCUGAGCAAGCAGCAGUAAUGAGGCAACAAAUUCACCUCUUCUGGGGUAAUAUGCUUUUUGAGCGCUCUCAAGUGGAGUUUAAGCUCAGUGUCGGUGAUUGGAAGAAAAAUCUUGAUGCGUCUGUUGAAAGGUUUAAAUUGGCUGGAGCUUCAAAAUCAGAUAUUUCGACGGUUUUGAAGAAUCACUUUUCUAAUGCAGUCUCUGAGUGUGAAGAGAAGAAAGUCAUGACUUCAGGCACAGAGAUUUCCCAAGCAAAUGACAAUAUUGAGGAUAAGUGUGUGGUUGAGACUUGAGAGCUAAGUGCUCAUGUUUUGAAGCUGAAUGGCGUCAAUGUGUAUUGUAUUCAAUUUCUUGAUAGACAUCAUUUGUUCUUGGUAAUAUGGUCAUCUGUUAGUGACAUCUAGGUUAGCUUCAAGCACACUGAAUUUUGUGAAUGCUUCUGGUGCAAAAUCUGCAUGCUUCAUAAAAUCUUGAUAAUUUGCUAAACUGGUCUUACGUUGUUUAAUAAAUUAUUCUUCAGAUACUUUA